CUCAACAAACUUCAAACCAAAAAAAAAACCCAACAAACCAAUCUACAAAAUGUUCAAAGUUCUGUUCGUGCUCGCCGCCUUUGCCGCCGCCCAGGCCUAUGCCCAUCCCGGCGUAGUUGCCGUGGCCCCAGUUGUCCACACGCCCGUUGUUGCCGCACAUCCCGCCGUGGUGCACAGCCCGAUCAUACACCAUGGCGCCCACUCGGUACACUCGCAUGUGGUGCAUCAUCCGGCGCCCGUCAAGGUCCUGCAUCCUGUUGUCGCCAAGCCCGUGGUCGCCGUGCAUGCCGUGAAGCCCAUUGUGCCCCUCGUGCCCGUGCAUCAUGCCGCGCCCGCUGUCGUUGUGCAUCAUUAAGAAAACCCAAGCCCAAUUCCCAAUUCCC